ACACUACAAAGUUAGUCCGUGGAAGAAACCGUAAAGUAAAGUUGAAAGCUGCGGAGUGUAGCGUCUGUGUCAUUCCGGCGCCAGCACCACCGAGAAAAUGCAAGCUCUAUUGAAGCACAAGCUCAGGCUCUUCAAUUCCAACUUCAACUCUCUCUUUAGACUUUCAUCAUCAUCCUAUUUACAUUCUUCUCCCGCUCCGCUAAACUCACUGCCAUCUUCUUCCACCGCCACCAACUCGUUCACCGCUCCAUGGUCCACCAUUCAACGACGUGGAAACAGAGUCUUCGCUUCUGAUAUUAGAGUCGGAAAUACCAUCGGAAAACAAGGGCGAAUAUAUGAGGUUCUUAAAGUAGAUCACUCUCAAGAAGGAAGAGGAAAAGCCACAAUCAAGGUGGAACUUCGUGAUGUUCUCCAGGGAACCAAGGUAACCCAAAGACUGGGUACUAACGAGGAUUUUGAAAAGGCAUAUGUUCAGGAAAAGAGUUUCAUGUACAUGUGCACGGAUCAAGAUGGAACUGUAGUAUUAAUGGACAAUGACACCUUGGAUCAAAUCGAAGUUUCCAAAGACUUGUUUGGCAAGAAUUCUUCAUAUAUAAAAGAUGAAAUGAAAGUUAAGGUACAGUUUUAUGACGACAAACCUAUCUCUGCAUCAGUUCCAAAACGCGUAAUAUGUACUGUCAAGGAAGUGAUUGCAGCCACUCCAAGGAAUAAAAAGGUAAUACUGGAAAAUGGCCCUACAAUUGAAGUUCCGCCUCACAUUAUAGCAGGUGAUGCCAUUCUUGUAAAUACAGAGGACGACUGUUACAUUGAAAGGGCUAAGGCAUAGGGUGUGUUCAGCCAUAAUUUGAGCAGAUUGUGUGACACAGACAUCCAUUUUAUAAUUCUCAUAAAUUUUGAAUCAGAUAUGACCUAUACUAUCCUUUCCUCCUCCCUAUUUUCUUGGAAAUAAGCUUUUUCUUUACUUUAAUUGAUGAUUUUAAUGUAUCCGUUCGUGGGCAAUGAGUUUAGAUGUAUUUGUGAUAUUCGAAUUUUGGUCUGUAUCUUGGUUCAGUUUAUUUACAGAGUGGAGAAGCAUUGGAAAAUUACAUCAA